GUCGUCACAGAUGUUAGGAUCUUCUAAGCAGUAAAAAGCUUGCUUUCUUCUUCGCUGUUAGAGUCAACUAUUCUAAGUUGAUUCACAGAAGUACUGAAUAACCAAAAUAUAUAUUUUAUUUCGAAAAACGCUGGUAUAUAUUCUCCAUUAUCUAUAAUUGUUUUUACAUUUUAUUCUCGUUAUUAUUCUUAUAAUUGUAUUCGGGCACAUUAUAUCGCACUAUGAUUUUUAUUUAAUAAAGAGUACCCCUUAAGAUCACCCAUUAGAGCGUUCUAACCCCGGAUAAAAUCAAGCGUAGCAAACAUUCAAAUCGGGGCAAAUAAUUUCAUUCUGAUAUACAGAGACUAACCAACAGUGAGCUGCCGCUGCGUGUACAGAGUCGGGGUGAAGGGGGCGGGGUACAGUCGCGGCUCAUCCUCACCUUCUAACUAAGUCGCAGGAAGAAGUACUUUCUAUGUUCCUCCUUCUCCACUAGUUCUUUUACCAUCACCCUCUGCAUGACUCGGAACCAACUGUGGCAUCAUGGAGCUCGGUUACGCGCUUAUAGCAAUGGGUCUGUUUUUGUCUUUUUGCGCAUCAGACGGUGAAAUGAAUAAUCGCCGACUUCUGGAGCCCUAUGAUUUUCUCUUCGAUACGGCUGUGGAAGCCUAUGUUAAGGGAGAUUGGCUGACGGUGAUUCUGAAUAUGGAGAAGGCGCUGAAGAACAAAGCUACGGUCCGCAAUGUCAAAGCUCAGUGCCGGCUCACCUGCGCAAACUACACCACUUUCGGGGAACCCGUGGCCGACAGCGGUAUUCCGAUACCCGGAGCCGGGUCUGUGGAAGACCUGGGCUUUUUCCAGAAAAUCUUAAAACGAGCGGACUGUGUAAAUUCAUGCGAAGCUGAAAAGCUCGGGUUGCCAAACAUGCACAAAGUCAGUGAAGAAGUAGAACUGGAGUUUAAAAAGAGGACCCCAUAUAAUUACUUACAAGUCGCUUGAUUCAAGAUCAAUAAGCUGAACAAGGCAGUGGCAGCAGCUCAUACUUUCUUCCAGGCCAACCCAGAUCACACAGAGAUGAGACAGAACUUAGAAUACUAUAAGAUGAUGGCUGGUGUUCUUGAAGAGGACUUUAAAGAUUUGGAAGCCAGGUCACAUAUGGCCAAGUUUUUACAAGCAAAAAGUUUUUACAGCCACGAGUCCUUUGGUCUAGCAGCUGAACAGUUUGAAAUGGCCGUUGAUGAGUACUUCCCAGCGGACAAUGAGUGCAGGGCUCUCUGUGAAGGAGCGUACAACUACGAUGGAUACAACUACAUGGAGUACAGUGCUGACCUGUUCCAGUCCAUGACAGAUCACUACAUGCAGGUACUGAACUGUAAGCAGCACUGCUCUGUGGAGCUGGCCUCUACAGCCGGCAGGGACAAGCCCUUUGAGGAUUUUCUCGCCUCACACUUCGACUACCUGCAGUUUUCCUACUAUAACAGUGAGAAGUAUGAUAAGGCCAUAGAGUGUGCCAAAACCUACUUGUUAUUUCACCCUGAUGAUGUAGUGAUGAAACAGAAUCUAGCAUACUAUUCUGUUGUGCUGGGAGAGGACAAGGCAGAAACCAUAUCAGCCAGACAAGAGGUGAAAGGGUACAUCCAGAGAUCCAUCUUGGAAAAAGAGCUGUUGUACUUUGGAUAUGAAUCAUUUGGUAUUACUUUUGUGGACCCAGACACAUGGACCCCUGCUGACGUCAUGCCCAAGAAAUUGAGAGACAAGCAGAAAGCAGAAAAAGAAACUGCGGCGAGGAUUACACAGGAAAUUGGAAAUCUAAUGAAGGAGAUCGAGACUCUGGUUGAGGAGAAAAAGAAAGAUUCCUCAAAUAUGGCCAAGGUGAUAGCUCCGCAAGAUGGUGCUGUUUUAUAUGAUAAUGUCAAGGUAACGAUGACAUCUCAGCAGUUGAAUGGCUCUCAGCGGGUGCUGCUGGAUGGACUAAUCACUGAUGAUGAGUGCAAGGAGCUGCAGCUUCUCUCCAAUGCUGCUCAGAAAGGUGAUGGCUACAGGGCGGGACCUUCUCCUCACUCACCCAAUGAGUCCUUUCAGGGUGUCACUCUCCUAAAAGCUGUCAAGCUUGGACAGGAGGGGAAAGUUCAACUGAAAAGUGCCCGUCUCUUCUUCGAAAUAAGUGAACGGGUGAAGAAAGUGUUGGAGUCGUACUUUGCCCUGGAAACUCCACUGUACUUCGCCUACUCUCACCUGGUGUGUCGCACGGCCAUUACUGAGAAGCAGGCAGAUCGAGAGGAUCUGAGCCACCCUGUUCACGUGGACAACUGUCUGCUGGUCUCUGAGCUCAACGAGUGCCUAAAGGAGCCUCCUGCAUACACACACAGAGACUACAGCGCCAUCCUCUACCUCAACCAGGAUUUUGAAGGAGGAGAUUUUAUCUUCACUGAGCUGGAUGCCAAAACUGUUACGGCUGAGGUGCGCCCGCAGUGUGGCCGUGUGAUCGGCUUUGGGGCAGGGAAAGAAAACCCCCAUGGUGUUAAAGCGGUCACCAAGGGUCAGAGGUGUGCUGUGGCCCUGUGGUUCACGCUGGAUCCUGCUCAUGAGGAGAAGGAGAGGAUCCAAGCUCAGAACAUGCUGGAAAUGUUUUUAACACCAGUGAACGCAGAGUUCAUCAAGAAAGAGGCGACCCAAACAUCAGCACCAGAGGCGUCUGGACAACCUGCCCAGGACACAGCAGACAAAAAUCAGGGUGAAAAGGCAGCCGAGCAGAAUAUAAAUAAGGACACUGACAAAGUAACUGACACGCCAGUGAACAAAACACAUACGAAACCAGUCAAAACAACCAAAACCACCGCCACUAAAGCCAAAGGUGCUGUGAAAGCAAAAACAAAGACUGGAGAGCAGGCAAAGGACAAGGGAGCAGGAAAAGAUAAAGCCGUUGUUAUGAAAGGUGGGAAACAGACAGGUAAACCACAGGCCAAGAAGGCAGAGAAGAAGGACGCAAAGGCAGCUGUUAAGAAAACUGUAACUGACACCAAGAACAACAAAAAAGCAAAAGCCGAUGACACUGUGACGUCAGACUCUCACAAAGACAAAGAAGAGCUGUGAGGAAUCCUGUUGGUUUUAUUUAAAUAUUUCCCUUCUGAGGGUUACGCGUUGGUUUAGGAUCUACACCAACAUCUAAACUCAACUUAAGAUCAGUGAUCUUUACUGUGCCGUGAGACAUCAUCAGAUUUACCCUUUAUUUACUGCUAAUAAUUUGUCUUUGUUCAUCCAUGUGACAAUGACAGGCACAAUGAUUAAGGACUCUUCCACUAGGUGGCAGCAAAUGGCCAUAAAACCUUAACUAAAAAAAGAAGUCCUAGCUGUUGAAGAUAUUUGUGUCUUCCUUUAAUUCCUCUGGGUACAUCAGAGUUGUGUUCUACUAAACAGAGCAAGGUUUAACACUGAGUUAGUCAAUAAUGAGUAAAUUGACACUAGAACACCACUAUGUUUUAUCAGUGAAUUUCCCCAGAAGUGUUUUCUUAUCAUACAUGUGUACCCUGUGCUGUGGCUCAAAAACACUGCUUUAGGUAAAACAAAGGUUAUUAAUUAUUAUUUUGUUAAAUGUCAAAAGAUUUUUUGAGUAUUUUUCUGUUGUUUGAUGAGGUCUUUAAAUGAUAGUUACUAUUAUUCCAAAGUUUUGUAGCUAUUCAACCCUUUUUUUAAAAGAAAAAGUAUUUCUUUUCUUUUUACCUUUUUGUGUUAAAACUAAAACCAAGCAGAGUUUGAAGAAUUACAGGCUGAGACCAGAGGAGUUAAUAUCUGAAUUGGCCUCUAUGUUGAAAAAUGUUAAAUCAAUUUUAAGUGAACGUAAUAAAGUGAUAUGUUUGAAUCCUA